CUGAAGUCAGUCGAGGCAAGUGGGUCGCUGGGUACUUCUACUCACACCCUUUCCCUUUUGAAGAUGUGCAUGUGCCUUUUUGUUUUACUAUGUAAGUAAUUCCAAUUGUUGGGUUUGCGGGUCUAUCAGUCAUGAGCAUGAAGGUUCUCGCUUGUCAAUCUACAACAACAGGCGCGGAGCGCGUGCUGCUAUCGCAGGAUACUGGUGAAAGCGGAGCCUCUACUGUCCGACUUGGUGAGGCUGCUAGCGUGGGGCCAAGCGCUCACAGUCCUCCGGCAAAAUACAUGGGAAAUUCCGGCGGAAGUGUUGCAGACGAGGUUACGGCAAGCCCCGUUGAAACGGACAGUGAGGGCCCAACAUCAUGGGACAGGAUUUUAUGGACUCGGUUACUUCACUAAAGAAAUUUCAACUAGAGCCAUGUAAGUAGCCAACUACGAAGAAAGAAAAAAGAACUUAAGAGAUUUUUGCCUUCGUUUCGAUUACUUUUCUUUGGUCUAGUGCUUCUUGUCGGUCGUCCAUACCUAGUAGAGGGGUAUAGACUAGAUGUUACAGCAGCAGCAUUUAAAAAAGGGUAAGAUGAGGCAAGGUAGCUGAUGAUUUAUUUUCGAUAUGGCGUGCUAUUGACGGCGCGGCCGGUUGCGUCUCAGGUAGGCAGGGGUCUGCUACUCUUGUUGUGCGUCUACCUGCGCUCUUUGCUUUGUCUUGCUCACUCGUAGCCGCCGUCGCUGUACUUCUAACAUUCGCGACGACCACAGUCACAACGACGGCUCUUAGACAUCAAAUGCUGCGAAAAGUAGAGCCUGACACUUUCCCCACCGAACGAACACCGGCGCCAACGGCUGCGAGUUGGAAGGACUUCGCGCU